AUGGAUCACAAGCAAGAGCCAGUCUUCACCGUUCUACUGAAAGCACUGGCGCACGGCUCUGCGAUGAGUUUGCCGCACCUUAAUCGGCCCUUUGUAGUGGAAACAUAUGUCAGCGAGGCGCUGACGGUGGUCGGCCGACUGACACCUGAAGAUGCUCUAGACUACGCCAAGGUCAAGCUGGCGCUGUUCCAGCGAUUUCGUUACACUAAAGAAGGAUACCGCGAGAGGUUUCGCGACGCCAAACCCGAGGACGGCGAAACGAUGAGACAAUUUGCUGCUCGACUGGCAGGGUACUUUGAUAGAUGGCUCGAGAUAGCGGGAGUUGAGAAAACGUUCGAAUCACUGCGAGACAUCAUCCUAGUGGAACAAUUUCUGUUGACAUGCUCGAGCAAGCUGACGGUCUUCCUGAGAGAGCGCAACUGUCAGAGGUUGGAUGACGUAGCAGCUAAAGCUGACCUCUUCUUGGAGGCCCAGGUGCAGCAUAGCACGGGCAAGCAAAAGCGAGAGGAGGUGACAAACAGGCAAGACGCUGGAAACGAAGAUAAACACGCAAGGGGUGGUCUCCGAAAAAGUAUCCGCUGCUUCCUUUGUGGGAAGAUUGGGCACAAGGCAGAAAACUGCAGAAGUAACGGCCAAGCUAUGAGGUCACUGACAUGUUGGGAUUGCGGCCGUAGUGGUCACAAGGCAGAGAACUGCAAGGGAAGGCAGAGCGAGAAACAUCAGGCGUCGUGCUUGUACACGGUGCCAACAGAUAAUUGCGAAAACGCCGACGAUUCCUACGUCACCCUGGAUAAUGGUGACAAGAUCCCGGUAGUGAAUGCGGUCAUGGGGAGGGCCCUGAAAUUUCUGUCGGAGAACAUGCCGGUAGUGGAAGGACGACUGGGAGAACACAAGAUAACGGUGUUAAGGGACACCGGCUGCAACACCGUGGUUGUUCGCAAAGAACUAGUCCCUCAAGAGAACCUAACUGGAAAGUCGAGUCCAGUGUUUUUAUUAGAUCGAACAGUUCGGUACCUGCCGGAGGCGGCUAUUGUGGUACGAACGCCCUACUACACGGGAAAGGUAACGGCGAAGUGCGUCAGUAACCCCCUGUACGACUUGAUACUGGGAAACAUACCGCAAAUGCGUGAGGCUAAUGACUCUGACCCAGAAUGGGAAAAGAACAAUGAAGACAAUCUCGGCGACUGCCUAGACAAGCCGAAAGAGAGAUACGAAACGUGUUCGAACGCCAUCGGAGUCAACGUGGGCUGUCGCAGGGCAAUGGAAGCAACCAAGAGCAUCGACGAGCUCCCGGAUGAGAAACCAGCCGUAGCUGCGUCCGCGAGCGAGGGGAGAGAAGCUGGAAGACCAAUAAGAAAACUAGAACGCCCUCUGAAAGUCGCGCAGGUGUCAGUAACCGACACAACAGCCGAGGAACUCGGAAAGCAGCAGAAAGAGGACGCUACUCUUACGAAGUGUUUCAACGAUGUAGGGAAGACAACGAAGAAACACAAUUCCAGGACAAGGAUUCAGUUUCUGCUGAAGAACGACCUGCUAUACAGGAGCGUCGUAUACUCAUCCGGCAGAAGAUCAGAACAACUGGUUCUCCGAAAAAGGUUCAGGGCCGCUGCUGUAACUAUGGCACAUGACAGCGUUAUGUCCGGACACCAGGGGGCGAAGAACACCCUCAAUCUGGUGGCGGAAGAAUUCUUUUGGCCAUGUAUGCAAAGCGAAAUAAAAAGGUACGUUCGUUCGUGUGACGUGUGCCAACGCACCGUACCCAAAGGCAAGGUGGGCAAGGCCCCCUUAGGAAGCAUGCCAAUCAUCGAUACACCUUUUCAAAGAGUCGCGAUAGAUAUCGUCGGUCCUAUAGUGCCUAUCGCAAGCUCGGGGAAAAGGUAUAUUCUUACAAUGGUUGACAUGGCCACGAGGUAUCCUGACGCAGUAGCGUUGAAGCGCAUUGGGUCCCAGCAAAUAGCCGAGGCGUUGGUUCAGGUGUUCACGCGGUAUGGAGUGCCGGCAGAGAUCCUUAGCGAUCGCGGCACCAACUUUACCUCUGAGCUAAUGAGAGAGCAACGGCCUGGUCGAGAGGUUUAA